AUGGCGCAAGGCAGUGGAUAUCUCAAGAAAAGCGUCAAGAAGAGUGUCAAGAAUGGCGGGUUAAAGCCUUCUAAGAAAGCAGUUAACUAUUCACAUAAACGAUCAGCUUCAAAGUUUACGAAAAAAGGAAACCCGACGACGGAGAUCCGACGUGGUUGUAGUGGUAUGAAGAACCACGGAAGUAAAGCAGUGACAGGUUUUAUUAAUCAGAAUCUUGAGAAUAUUAUGGCAAGUCGUGUGCUACAAGCUGGUACACAAUUGACCUUAAUUGAUGUCAAGGCCAAUGGGAAAGAGCGACUCAAGGAGAUUAAUCUUCAAGCACGUACGAAGAAAAAGAGUCGCGUGGCGCAAAAAUUAGCAGCACUGGAACGAUCAAUUAACGAUCAGGAGAAUGGAAGUAGUAAGCACAAACGUCCAACGGCUGCGGCGGUCGUCUCUCACUAA